ACUUUCCGACAGUGUUCUGUUGGCAACUGACAGACUGUCUCACUGCGGAGUCAAGCGAGAAGAGAAGGAGCCGUGUGUGUGUUAUAAAUUUAUAAAAUUAUUUAACGAGAGUAAAUCAAGUUUACUGGCCACUAUCGUCGGAUGAAUGUCGUUAUGAAUGAAGACUUGUAAAGGAUGGAUUACGUUUAUAUAACUAUUUAACGACAAUGAUCCAACUACAGUAGUUAAUUUCGUAGGAUGACAGACAUGACAGUGUUUAUGAACGACGAAUGGGAAACAGUGGAUUAUGUUAUACGUGUAGUUGUGUUACCUCAGGCAACAUAGCCUCUUCGCAGUUGGGAUUUUAACUAGGCAGGAGGGAAAAGUGUGCUGCGCGCGCACAGGACUGGAUUUCAAAACCAGCCACAAUGGAGGGAAGGACAAUAAUCUACUCGGAGACAAUCAGCAGGAUGGAUCACUGGGCGCGAGAAACAAAUGAAGAUCACGCUUCCAGAAACGACAGACGCUGUGUUUCGGGACGCAUCACAAGGACUGCACAGCGUACUACAGACGUGACGAGGGAAGGAAACUGCACGCACGCCGGGACAGAGAGCUCUGGAGAUGACGCUGAUAUUAUGGACAGCAAGAGACGACUGACAGAGAGAGACAUCUGUGUUGUAGCUAGUCAACUAGGAGAGUCAUGGCGUGUCCUUGGGCUCAGACUCAACUUCAAACCAGAGACCCUGGACGCUAUUGCCAGAUCAACUUGCAUGACCAUUACGAACAACAUUCAUGGAAAGAUGUCUGAAAACAUGCUGAGGGUCUGGUCCAAGCUGACCACGGCGACAGCGGGACGACUGGCGGUUGUCCUGUGGGAAAUGGGACAUCACGCGAUUGCAGUACAGCUGCAGCCAUGAAUGCCACUUUCUGCUUUGUAACUUUAUGUACAUAAUUAUUUUUGUGUAACUGUGAAAACUGCUUGUAUAAAACCUCGCAAUACAAUGACUCGGGGAUAAAA